AUGGGACCCGAGCGAGUUUUCCCGCCUUGCGAGGACGACGACAAGAACCCGCGCGACGGAGGUACGGCGUGGAGCGGCGGCGAGGACGAGCUAGAGGACGACGGCGCGGGCUACUCCUACCAGCCCCUCAGUCAGGACCCGGACGACGGGGCGCACGGCGGCAUUCAGCACAGGAUGGAGGUGAUGGGUCUGCACCUCCCCGAGGCCCCGCCCCCUGACAGUGACGAGGAGGACACAGAGAAGGCGGAGGCCGAGAGAAGCCGAGCUUCCAUUCCCAUGGAUGCGGCCCACGUGGAGCUGGUGAAACAGACCAUGGCGGCGGUGGCGCUGCCCUCGCCUAGCGUUCCCACGUGGGCCCGAGAGAUCUCCGACGACCAAUGGCGCGACCUGGUCCAGCGCACCUUGCGCGGUCGCACAUGCACUGACUAA